CCCGCCGCUCCGCUCCGCUCCGUAGGUCGCCGCCGCCGCGCAGGGAUGAAGGCCGCCGACUGGUGCCUGAGCUCGGCGGGGGCUGCCCUCGUCCUGGCCACCUCCAGCGACGAGCAGCACCCCGCCGAGAACGUAGCGGACGGAAGUUCGGAAACAUUUUGGACGACAACCGGCAUGUUCCCGCAGGAGUUCAUUGUUGGUUUUCCUAAAUGUGUAAAAAUCAGCAAAGUCGCAAUCCAGUGUUAUUUGGUGCGGACCUUAAGGAUUGAAAGAAGUGUAUCUAAAGACCCAGUAGGUUUUGAGCAGUGUAUUGAAAAAGAUUUGCAACACACAGAAGGACAGCUUCAAAUGGAAGAAUUUCCACUUCCUGAUUUCCAAGCCACUUACUUGCGUUUCAUCAUCAAAUCUGCCUUUGAUCAUUUUGUGUCAGUGCACCGGGUGAUGGCAGAGGGCACAGCAGAAGACACUUAAGUCCAGCUUAAAUUUAUACCUCAAUUUUUUUUAUAAAGAAGUUACAUUUUGAUAUCUGUAGUGCAGAGAAUAUGUAUUAUUAAAAUCGUGCAUUAAAGUGUUUUUUGAAGGUA